AUGGAGGGAGAAAAGGCGACAUCUUCCACCGACUUCAUCCUCCUGGGACUUUUCGGCCCAGGAGAGACGUCGGUCUUCCUCUUCUCCCUCAUCUGCGCCAUCUUCCUCACGGCCGUGGUGUCCAUCUCCGUCCUGAUCUCCCUCGUCUGGGUCGACCCCCGGCUCCGAACCCCCAUGCACUUUCUGCUGGGACACUUUUCCCUCAUCGACAUCCUGUACAUCUCCACCACCUUGCCCAAGAUGCUGACAGACUUCCUACUCGGCCAGGCCACCAUCCCCAGCUGCGCAGCUCAACACUUCGCCUACUUGACCCUGGCGAUGGCUGAGUUUUAUCUCCUAGGGCUCAUGGCCCAUGACCGCUGCGUGACUGUGUGCCACCCACUGAAGUAUACAGCCCUCGUGACCCGAAGGACCUGCCUUGUCAUCGUGGCUGUCUCCUGGAUGGCCGGCAGUGUGAGCAGCUGCCUGCUGACUCCCAUCACCAUGACCCACUGUUUCUGUGGCUCCCGGCAGAUCGACCAUUUCUUCUGUGAGGACCCGGCUGUGCUGAGGCUGGUAUGCGCUGACACGACCCUCUACGAGACGGCCAUGUACGUCUGCUGGGUGAUGACUUCUGUUCUCUUCACCUCCUACACCGGGAUCCUCUUCGCCGUGUGCCGUGUCAGCUCGGCAGAAGGAAGGAGGAAGAUUUUGGCCACGUGUUCCUCGCAAGUGAUGGUGGUCAUGCUGUUCUACGGGGCUGCCAUGUACACAUUCAUGCUAUCACAUUCCUAUCACACGCCGGCCCUGGACAAGUUGUUCUCUGCCUUCUACACCAUCUUCACUCCCAUGCUCAACCCUUUGAUCUACAGCCUCCACAAUAAAGAUGUAGCCAGGGCCAUGAGGAGAGUUCUGGGAAGGUACAUCACUUCCAGGAAGCCCUCAGUUGAUGCGUUCUGA